AUGCUCCGAGCGACUGAGCAACUCACCUGGUCCGCGGUGCUGGACAGAUUCAAGCGUGGCUACGAGGUCACCAGCUCCAAUGCUGCCACUGGCAAAAACCAAAAUGACGUCGACUGGCAGUUCUUUUCGGGCAAGCAUCUGAGAUGCAAGGUGACCUUCACCAAACCUAUUGAUACAGCUUGGCCAAUGCAACAAUUGCCGAGCCAGAAGAGCAGGCUUUUAUCCAACAAUGAGGAUUCGCUUGAUCGUCAGCUAAGGAUCAUUGUCGAAUGUGGACCUAUCGAGGCCGACGAUGAACAAAAACGGGUUGAUGCUGCAACGAAAUUGAAGGGGAUCGUGGCAAGGUCAAGAAGCUCGUCCCAGACGAUAGCGCCUCUGGUCUUGCUGAAUGCCGACCUCGUCCUAAUCAACAAAACUUACUUCCAUACACCACAAAGGCUCAAAGCCGUAAUUGUCUACCGCCAGAACAAGAACGUUCUCAUCCGAAUGCUGGACGAGUAUGAUUCGACCAAGGCGCAUCGGCUGCAGCUCGAGUUCAACAGAGAAGACGACGUCGAAGCUUUCCUGUCCCUGAUCGAACCGGAUAGCACAUUCCACGACGUGGGUCGAACGACAUCGCCGAAGAAAGAGGAGACGAAAAACAACCAGUCGGCGAUUUGGAAAGUCUCAGCAAAGGCAAAUGCUGGCGAAAUCGAGAUCGAACACGCAACAGACACCUCGAGCGUUGUCCCUGACGAUGCAUCACAGAGCCAGAGUCUGGUAGAGAAGCUUUUGCAGCUUCAAGAGAGUCAGCUUUGUCAGCCCGUUGCGCGACAGCCGGUAGCGGACGUUUCUCGCCUGGCCGCCGAGGUGCAAGGUUUGCGUGCAGGGACGUCCACCGCAAGCUGCUCCCACUGUGCCCAUCCGAACCGUUGCGAGAGCAGCGCAACCACUACGGCGUCGGAUGCCACAGCAACGAAUUGGGACAACUCGGCAAGUGUCUCUCAGCGACACGUCGAGACACCCUUGACGCAAACGAGCGAUGAAUCAGUCUAUGAGCAGGAUCAAGCGGACGCAGAUGAUGAUCAAGACAUUGACGAUGGUCUGCAAGGCUGGCCGGACGCAAGCGCGAUCGAGUGCAUCCAGGAUGAUGUUUGCAGGCUCUGCCUCAUGGCACCGCAUCUCGACCAAAUCAUCGCAUUUCACGUGGAUCAGCAUUUGCGAGAUGUUGGACGGCAGUGA